AUGACUACCGAGAACACAAUGUGUUUUUGGCUCAACAUUGAUAAUCUUGUGUUUCAAACUAUAUAUCAUAUCAAUUCAAUUAAAAUUAAAUAUAUUUUGUUUGUAGAACAUACAGAAAAUGAAGGAGCACGGCAAGAUACUGAACAACGUAUUGAUCUUAUUAAAUUUUAUAACACUAUAUUUGUUCAAAUAGUUCGAGAUAAUGCUUUAAAAUAUUCUACCAACAGUAGUAAUGAUAAUCUUACUCUAUCUCCUUUACCUGCUACUAAGACUCAAUUGCAAUCACCAACUACACGACGAGUCAAUGAUCGAUUACCAAUAUUUAUACGUAAGUUGGAAGCCCAAGCAAGUCCAAUUAAAUCACCAAUCAGGCCAUUGAGUUACUGUAUAAAUCAGAGUCCUAAAAAAGUAAGUAAAUUCGUUUUUAUGUUAAUGAUACAAAUUCUAAUAUUUCUUAAAGUUUUUUAUUUAAUUUAAUCUUAAGUUGUUGGUGGCUUGAAUUGGUCGAACCACUUGAAUACAUAAACUUUUAUAACAAGCCCCAUAUCCAAAAUCUUUUUAAGAACACUUUAUUAAAAUAUAACUAAUAAAGAAAAUUUAAAUAUAUUUUCAAACCAAUUCACUAGUGGUCACAUUUCAAUAAUAUUUUAAUUGUUACAUAAUUAUAAAAUUAUGUUAGAAAAAAUAAAAAAAAAGGAAUUUUUUGAGUGGUUGAAUCUUUUUCUGAGCAGAAUCAUUUUCAAAAUGGUGUCUUCAAUAAUUUGUUUUUCUAUCCACAAGUACUUCAAUUAUUCUUUACCUUUUCGAUCUUGAUGGUAAAUUGGUAACUGUGUAAUAUUGUUCUGAUUUCAACCAAAUUAAAUUAUUUUUCAUAUUUUUAAAUGGUUUAAGAAAUUAAAU